AUGAGUGCUGAUAUCUAUAGACGACUGACUGAGGUAGAAGAAUUAGAGCGCCAGGAAAGGUUCUUGGAAAAGUGCAAGGAUAAGUUUGUGUAUAGAAAGCCGGACGGUAUCGCUUUGUACUUUCGAGAACCACUAGCAACAGCAAGAAUCGAAAAUAAGAAAUUGCAGAAGGAGGCCAAAUCGAAGGUCACUGGAUUCCACUAG